UGGACCUUGCUACUUCCUGCUCCUGGCCGCCACUGCUCAGAGACUAUGGAGCUGUGGAAGCAGCUGAGGCAGGCUGGACUGGUGCCCCCAGGGCUGGGCCCACCCCCGCGGGCCCUGAGGGUGGUGCCCCCAGUGAAGAGGGUGGGUCAGACCCUCAUGUUCCCAGGGGCUGACACUGGAGGUGCCAGGGAGAGUCUGCUGUGGAUCUGGAAGGAGCUGGUGAACCUCCGCCUAGUGGAUGUCCAGCUGCUGGGCCAGCUAUGCAGCCUGGGGUUGGAGAUGGGGGCACUUCAGGAGGAACUGAUCACCUUCCUGGAGGAGGAGGAGGACAGAGAGCUGGAAGGGAAGCAGGAGGGGGCCUGUGGUCCAGCCCCAGGUCACCGCCUCCCUGACUUUGAAAUGACUAUCUGAGGCCCUGCUGCUGUGCUUUUGGACACAUGAAUGCGCCACCUUCAGGAGACAGGCAGAUAUCUGCAGAUGGCAGCCGACGAGAAGCAGGGCUGCAAAUAUAACUCCUGCCCAGGUCCACAUUUGUAGAAAAGAUGCCCAAGACAGCAGGUGGAGGGCUCCAGCCUGAGGAGAGACAGCUCUUCUGGGAAGACAGUUGGACAUUCUUCAUAAAACCAUUACUCCCAGUGAGGAAAAAUACACGCUUGCAUUUCUGCGAUUCUUCAAAACAAUUUUCUGCUUGGGAGUGAGGAUAUUCCCAGAGAAGUGAGAUGCUGGCAGGUGCUGAAUUCCUGUCCAUGGGGAUUUCCGUCUUCAAAAAAACCUGCUUCUACUCUAGAGCCCGCGAGCCACAACUACUGAAGCCCGCGCGCCUAGAGCCCGUGCUCCGCAACAAGAGAAGCCACUGCAGUGAGAAGCCCGCGCACUGCAACGAAGACCCAAUGUAGACAAAAAUAAAUAAAAUAAAAUUUAAAAAUAUC